CCUGCCGCUACUUCCGCAGCUCUCCUCCGGGCCAGCACGUGGGCCGGGGACGACGGGGCGGCGGCGAGGGGUGUUCCUGUCCCUCUGAGGCUGAGACACUUAUCACCUCCUUCUUACAGUCUCACAAGCCGUGUGCCAAACUCACCACACCCGCGCCAUGGCCCUGCUCAGCAUCAACGAGCUGCUGCCACGGACCGUCCUGCGGGAGGUGUUCACGCACGUGCCCGCCCGGCAGCUGGUGCUUUCCUGCCGACCCGUCUGCAGCCUCUGGCGCGACCUCAUCGACACAGCGACCCUCUGGAAACUCAAGAGCCUGCGUGACGGCUUCAUCACCGAGGACUGGGACCAGCCGGUGGCAGACUGGAAGAGCUUCUAUUUUUUGUGCAUCCUCCGCAGGAACCUCCUGCGCAACCCAUGUGGUGAAGAGGGUAUGGCAACCUGGCAUAUCGACGACAAUGGGGGCGACAGGUGGAACGUGGAGAGCUUACCUGUAGCCCGUGGGACAGACUUCCCAAGCCCCCAAGUCAGGAACUACUUCGUCACAUCCUACCGCCUCUGCCGCAAGUCCCAGGUGGUGAACCUCAAAGCCGAGGGCUACUGGGAGGAGCUGAUGGACGAGUACCGGCCUGACAUUGUGGUGACAGACUGGUUCGCCUCCAGAGGAGACUGCGGCUGCACCUACAGCAUCCGAGUGCAGCUGCUCUCGGCCGACAACAUCGCCUUGGCCUCCUUCGAGCCCCCACCUGUGACCAUCCCUCAGUGGAACGAUGCCACGUGGACAGAGGUCACCCACACCUUCUCGGACUACCCCCGGGGCGUCCGCCACAUCCUCUUCCAGCACGGGGGCAAAGACACCCAGUCCUGGGCAGGCUGGUACGGGCCGCGCGUCACCAACAGCAGCAUCGUCAUCAGCCCCAAGGUCACCAGGAACCGGGAGCCCUCCACGGGCCCGCACAGGCCCAGGGCUGCAUCUGAUGGACAGGAACAAAUGACCUCGUCGGGGGACGGCCCCGUCGGGGCACCUGAGUGGCCCCUGGUGUGCAGACUUCCACCCAUGCGCAAACCUCGCCGGAGGUGCCCACGCACGUCCCGCACGUCCCGCCCGGCAGCUGCUGCUGCGCUGCCGACCCGACUGCAGCCUCCGGCGCGACCUCAUCGAUACGGUGACCCUCAGGAAACUCGAGCCUGCGUGACGGCUUCAUCACCGAGGACUGCGACCAGCCGGUGGCAGACUGGAGGAGCUUCUUUUUUUUUUCUUCUUUUUUUUUUCUUUUGUUUUUCUUUUUUUUUUCUUUUUUUUAAAUAAAUUUUAUUGAUUAUGCUA